GGUGUUCCUCCUGAGAGAUUAGCGGGUUGCUGAGAAAAAUACGGCAUAAAGUUUCCACUAGUGAUCUGAGAAAACUUGCAACCGUUGCUUUUCCGACAAAGUUCUCCUUGAGAGUUUGUUGAGCAGUUUAUUUUUCUUUGGCUUUACUUGGGGAAGGCUGCCUUCACUUUUUGGGCUGGGCCCGCUGGUACAAGUUCAAGCCUGUUUGCGAUCGCCAGAAACACAGAACCUUCCUGAUCUCAACUUUCUGAACUUCAGAGAGUUUCAUCCAUUGCUGAAGACAUUUAAUAACUCUCAAGAAACAGUCCCAAUGAUUGAACAAAGCCUAAAUUCUAUUACUGAGGAUGAACAGAGGAUUACAAAAACUUCUAAUAAAAAAGAUUCUAAAAAUAUUUCUUUUAACUCGGAGCCAGAAAAUGCAGGGGUGGAAGAAAAGACGAAGAAAAGUGGCAAGUUGCUUAAUCAACAGUUACAGUCUCUGAACCUGGAUGCAGAGAUCUUUGAAACUAAAAGGAAAACUAGUCUAACCAGAUCAAAGACUUAUGAUGCAGUCUUUCCAUCCAGUCCUACAGAAUAUGAAACAAAACUUGAAAGAAAAAAAAAUUCCAACCCUUCAAAGACAAAUGCAAUCUAUCAUAAGAUCUUUAAAGAUAUUGAAAAGGAUGAAUCAUUAAAACAAAGUUUUACUUGUGCUUUACAAAAGGACAUUCUAUACCAAGGGAAAUUGUUUGUGUCUGAAAACUGGAUUUGCUUUAAUUCCAAAGUCUUUGGAAGAGAUAUAAAGAUUACGAUACCUACCUUUUCUGUGACUCAGAUCAAGAAACACAAAACUGCCUUGCUGGUGCCAAAUGCUUUGUGCAUAUCAACUGAACUUGAAAAGUUUAUGUUUGUUUCACUGCUGUCCAGGGAUACAACCUACAAACUUCUGAAAUCUGUUUGUUUACAUCUGGAGGAGAGAUCUGAUGAUAUCAGUUCAAAUCCAUCCCUUGCUGAAAAUAAUUUCAGAGCUGAGCGUCCAACAUCAUUGCCUCUAGAAUUCAAUAUAGAAGAUUUGCCAGAUCUUCCAACAGUAUGCAGAAGACGGGAAUUGGAACAAUCCAGUAGUUCUGGGUCUCAGACUCCAGAGUCUGAAAAUUCGCAAGAGUUUACCAGUGCAACCCAAGCAUUACUGAAAAUGGAGAAGAAUGCCAUUCCUGUACAUGCUGAUGUUCACAUAAAAGAAAUGUCUGAUGUGAAGAGAAGCUUUCAUGAGAGCAGACAUUCGUUGAUAUGGGGAUUAUUACACAAAAUGAGAGCUAAUGGUAAACAGCAUCUUUCUGUGAAUAACUUACUGGUGCUCUAUCUGGUUAUAGUCAUUGUGCUAGUCUUUUCAUCUUUCUACAUGGGCAUGAAAAUCUUUGCUUUGGAGCAGCGCCUAGCUUCACUGGGAGCAUUGCCAGAAUAUCAUGCACAUCACAAAGAUUCUUUCAUUCAGCGUGACAUGGGUUUACCAUACCAAGUUAAUACAGAUGCGAUCUAUGAUGAAUUAACAGAAAAUCUUGCAAAACUGGAAAAGAUACAGAAGAAUCUGCAAAAGCUUCUUGAAGGAACAGAAUGAAAUUCUGCACUUUUAAUCACCAGUACAUUUUGUGCCCAGCAAGGUCAUAAAUCUCUGGAAUGUAAUCUGAACUCUGCAGGACAGAGUGAGGAUUGAUAAGCUUCUAUCCUAUAUUUAAUGGAAUUCUGCGUGGCCUUUAAGGAAAAAUGCAAGUUAUCUUUCCUCAACUGUACAAAAAAAAAAUUCCAUUGAUCAAGUUCUUCAUUUGGAAAUUAAACUUUUGGAAAGCAAUCCACAACAUUACAGUGGAAGUACAUAAAUGCCCUUUAAUGUACAUUACAAGAAAUCAACCAUCUAAAAAGUCUAGUCAUUGGCUAUGGAAAGCACUCCAUCAGAGUCAUUAAGAAUGAAGUACAAUAUAUGCAAUAUUCCUUUUGGCUAAUGAUACAAAAUAAACUUUGGACAAGUUAGAAAUUGCUUUUGUAGUUCACCAUUUUCCAAGAAUCUAGAAUAAGCUUUUAUCUUUGGUGUCUGAGCACAACCUGGAGGAGAACAUUGGACAGAGAUGAUCACAUUCACAAUAUAGAACUUGCCAGAUUUUUAAAUGAAAUGGCAAGAAAUGUGCAUGGACAGGCAUGGAGACAAAAUCCUCCAUCCCAUUUCCACUUCAACACAGUGGCCAGAAAAUACUUGGGAUCCAAGAAUUAAAAUCCACCCCAGUGUGUCUGAUUAGCAGAUGCAUUGUGCUAUGACAUUAGAUGCACAAUAGAUUAUUGUACUGAGUAAGUGUACAACUAUUUGCAAUCUGCUAUUUAUACAUUGUAACUGAGAUUUUAAAAUCCUGGAUAUGAUUUCACUUGUUUAUAAAUAAAGUUUUAGCAUAUUAAAA